AUGUCCCGCUCGCUAGAUAAAGAUCUUUUGGCUCACUUAGAAGCUGAUGAUCCAAAUAAGGUGUAUAAAGAUAUCUCAACGAUCCUCGCGAAGCUACCAGAAAAUGAAUUGCUAGAGAUCGAAUUCCUUGGGAAAAGCCAUCCUCUACAACCAGGGGUCAACUACCUUAGAGAUGGCACGGCUGUCGCAAUUCCUAAGCUCAGGCUAGUUCAAGCAUUUUUCGUUGCACGCCAAUUGCUUCAGGCCUAUCAUGCGGACAGUACAGUAAAUCGCAGCGAAGUGAUGGCUGCAACAGCUGUACUGCUGCUUAUGGACCCGGAACAUCUGACAGCCGCUAAUACCCGGAAACGACUGCUCAUAUCGUCGCUAGAAACUAGCGAGAUAGAUGAGUUGUCAUUAAGACGAGAGAAGCAGUUUGUGGAUAGCCUUCUCACGUCAAGGCUGUAUCGGCAUGCCAAAUCACCUACCCUCUGGUCACAUCGUCGCUGGCUACUCCACCUAUAUGCAAUUCACAAUAUAGUCGUGGACCUGCAGCACGAUAUCAAGAAUGUUGUCAUGGUAGCGGGAAUCCGGCAUCCUCGCAACUAUCCUGCCUGGUAUCACGCUCGGCUCUUAAUAGAUCGAGAUCCGGGACUGGCUGGGUCUAUAGUUACUGAUGUUAAAGAGUUCUGCUUGAAGAAUCAUACCGACAUUUCCAGCUGGAGUUUUCUCAUCUAUGCUAUCAGCAGAAUUAAAGACGAUGAAAACCGCGACAUAGUCUGCUCGUCCGUUUUUACAGAAGUCCUUGAUAUCACUAGCUCGUUACGCUGGAUAAGCGAGUCUGUCUGGACAUUUCUGCGCACUAUAGCGACGGUGGAAUUCAUUAGUGAUCAGCAAUUCGAGUCAUUUUUGGCCGUAAAUAAGAGGCUCGCUUCCACAACGCCGGAGAACAGUAGUCAGUGGAGAACACUGGAUAGCGCACAACGUUGGUGCGAAAAGUAUCGCCCUCUAAUGGGGUCCAAAAUGGCGGAAUGA